CUUCCGUACAAUCAAAUCUGAAGCAGAAGAAGAAUCGCAGGGUCGUGCUAAGGGUGCUAGCGCGCUAGCAGCUCGUGUUGUUGUAAUUGAACUUUGUCAAACAGUGAAAAUGAACAAACUGAAUAAACCACAAGAGUUUGACUCUUAUGAAAUCGAGGAGCCGAGCGACGAGGAGAGAGCCUGCAGCAGUUCGGAGGACGAGCUGGAUGUGCUGCUGAACGGGACUCCGGAGCAGAAGAAGAAGCUGAUCAGAGAGUAUCUGACGGGGGAGAGCGAGUCGUCCAGCGGCGAUGAGUUUGAGAAGGAGAUGGAGGCGGAGCUCAGCUCCACCAUCAGGACCAUGGAGGGAACCUGGGGACCGUCGACGGCAGCAGUGACGCAGGGCGGAGGAGGUGGCGGAGGAGGUGGUGGCGGCCACCCUGAACCUUCAAACCCUUUGAUGUACGAUAAAGUCUACUUUGACUCUGACUCAGAGGAGGAGGAGGAAGACACACCAAGCAGCUCCACCGGCCGGAAGCGGAGACAGCGGAUCGUACUGUCAAACGAUGAACUGCUGUACGACCCCGACAAGGACGACAGGGACCAGGCCUGGGUGGACGCCAGGAGGAGACAGUAUAACAGCAGGAAACGACCAGCGGCUGCGUUUCGGUCGCAGCACCGUCAGCAGUCGGGUUUACCGAGCAGCGACGCCGUCCUCAACUGUCCCGCCUGCAUGACGACGCUCUGCCUGGACUGUCAGAGGCAUGAAAAGUACCGGACGCAGUACCGCGCCAUGUUCGUCAUGAACUGCACGGUGAAGAAGGACGAGGUGUUACGCUACAAGACGGAGAAGGAGAGGAAACCGAGGAACAGGAAGAGGAGGAAGGGACAGAAGGAGACGCCGGCGGACGAGACUCCCGACCCGACGCCGGCAGGGAUGGACGCCGACGAGGUUUACCACCCGGUGCAGUGCUCCGAGUGCUCCACGGAGGUGGCGGUGUAUGACAAAGACGAGGUCUACCACUUCUUCAACAUCCUGGCCAGCCACUGCUGAGACUGACCAGAUGGACGUUCAAGUUCAGUUUGUGUCUGUGGCUCAUAACCUCUGAGACUGUAGAAGAAGAACGGGGAGAAGGAGGAAUCCCAGAAUCCCUCAGUGGUCAGUCUGAAGUCUGAGUGCGUCGAUACAGCAGCUACAUAAGGCUGAGCAUCAUUUCACCCGUCUGAUCAGGACAGAAGUGGAAUGUCAGCAGCACGUCGACUAUCUUUACAUUUAUAUAAAAAUAUCUGCCGAAAACUGGAAUUUGACACCAAAUAUGUGCGUAUGUGGUCAUCAUUACUAAACUGGACCAACAGUGGAUAUUUUUAGGUCAGUACCCAUAUUGAUAUUUGAGGGUUACAGCUAAUAUUCUUUUUUUUUUUUUUUUCACAAACACAUCGCAAACUUUUUUUUAAGGAUCCCUUAAAGUCGUUUUUUUUUUUUUUUUUUUCAAGAAUUGUGAUUUAAGAUUUGUACUGAACGGGACAUUUUACAGAUGAAAAUAAACUUCAGUGCAAUAUAAAGUCAA